AUGUUCUCGACUUUAACCCUCACCGUAGGGACACACAUCCCGGAAGCCGUAGCCCUCUCUAGAGAGGAGGCUUUCCCAGCCCCUCAGUCCGACUUCUACUCCAACAAGAUUCUGAACAGACCAGAUUGGUGUGCUGCAGAGGUGCCGAAGAACGGGGGUCAUCUGUCUCUUCAGCUCAGGGAACGCAUUGGCGGUGGCAGAGGUGCGGUUGUCUAUGCAGCCGAGAUCGCACGACCGAACCGUUGUCGUACACUGGCACGAGAGGCAUGGAUCUACGAACGGCUCCCCGAGGAUGAUAUCCUCGAUGCGUCUUCUGAACGCCGGAGAUCCGACGAUACUAGUCGCGACGACCCCUUGCGUGACGACAUGCGUGGAUGCGACGACUCUCCUCCCGGCGGAAGGGAGCUCUCUUCGUGGUGCGAUUGGCGUCCCGACCCUGAAGCGCCGCUCCUGGCCGUACUCGUGAUGGCACGCGGAGGGCGGAAAUACACCCUCGAUGAAGAUGACUUUGACCCAAGAACCGAGGCCGAAGUAAACCAGAUUCUCGAUGACUUGUCUUCUGCGUACAUCAUGCACCAAGAUCUUCGACCAGCCAAUCUCAUACGCGCUCCGGCGGCCACGCAGAAAUGUCCGACGCACAAGCGCGUGCAUAAGUGGAAUAUCAUUGAUUUUGGCUGGUCGAGCGUCGACGAGCAUGACGGGAACGAUGUCGAGGGAGACGUUAUCAAGAAGCUGCAUAGAUUCAACUAUGAAAAUCCGUACUUUCGCCUUGGUAGCGACGAUCUCUGCUAA